ACACGCACACCUUCGUUAAACCAAGACGUUGGUUCCUACUGCGCAGCACCGGACUGUGCCAACUUGACCCGUCUCGUGCCACGGCCUUGCACGUUUAGCUAGCUUAUGCAACGGUUUCUGAUGACUGGGGGCCAACGACAACUGGUUUCCCGCGUUCUCUCGUCCAUUCUCGUUGAGGGAAAUAUGAUGAACAAAUCAACCUUCACAAAGAUAGAAGAAAACAGACCAGAAAAAGAGAACGCUGCGUCAGAGAAGGGGCGAGCUGCGAUCGUCUUUUCACUCAAGAAUGAAGUUGGGGGACUGGUGAAGGCGCUGAAACUUUUCCAGGAAAACCACGUCAACCUUGUACAUAUUGAAUCAAGGAAAUCAAAAAGGCGCAACUCAGAAUUCGAGAUCUUCGUUGACUGUGACAGCAGUCACGAGCAGCUGAACGAGAUCAUUCAACUGCUACGGAAGCACGUGAACGUUGUGGAAAUGGACCCUCCUGACAACUCCUGCAGGCCAAUACCGGAAGAAGAUAUAGAAAAUGUGCCCUGGUUCCCGAAGAAGAUCUCAGAUUUGGACAGGUGUGCCAACCGAGUACUGAUGUAUGGAUCAGACCUGGAUGCAGACCAUCCAGGUUUCAAGGAUAAUGUCUACAGAAGAAGGAGAAAGCAUUUUGCUGAUCUCGCUAUGAACUACAGACACGGGGACCCCAUACCGCGUAUAGAGUUCACAGAGGAGGAGGUGGCGACGUGGGGGGUGGUGUACCGGGAGCUGAACAAGCUGUACCCAACCCACGCCUGCAGGGAGUACCUGAAGAACCUGCCUCUGCUGGCCAAACACUGUGAAUGCAGAGAGGACAAUAUACCACAACUGGAGGACGUGUCACGCUUCCUUAGAGAGCGUACAGGCUUCACCAUCCGACCUGUGGCAGGUUAUCUCUCCCCAAGAGACUUCCUGGCUGGUCUGGCCUUCCGUGUGUUCCACUGUACCCAAUAUGUCCGCCACAGCUCUGACCCCCUCUACACACCUGAACCAGACACAUGUCACGAGUUGCUGGGUCACGUCCCGCUGUUGGCUGAGCCCAGCUUCGCCCAGUUCUCCCAGGAGAUUGGCCUGGCUUCGCUGGGCGCUUCGGAUGAGUCCAUACAGACCCUGGCCACUUGUUAUUUCUUCACGGUGGAGUUUGGGCUGUGUAAACAGGAGGGGAAGCUGAGAGCAUAUGGAGCAGGAUUGCUCUCCUCCAUCAGUGAACUCAAGCAUGCUCUGUCUGGUAAUGCCAUCAUCAAACCCUUUGACCCCAAGGUGACAUGUAAACAGGAGUGCAUCAUCACAACCUUUCAGGAUGUCUACUUUGUGUCAGACAGCUUUGAGGAGGCCAAAGUCAAGAUGAGGGAGUUUGCCAAGACGAUCAAGCGUCCGUUCACGGUGCGCUACAACCCCUACACCCAGAGUGUGGACGUCCUGAAGGACACUCCCAGUAUCAACAGUGUGGUGGAGGAGUUGAGGCACGAGCUGGACAUCGUGGGCGACGCCCUCAACCGGCUUAACAAGCACCUGGGAGUCUGAGUGACAGGCUAAAGAACUGUGGGUCAAGGGCCCGCGUUCCAAAUGGCACUCUGUUCCCUAGGUAGCGCACUACUUUCAGACCGAGGCCCAUGUGGCCUCUGACUGGGAAUAGGGUGUUAUUUCGGACACGGGCCCGAUGACCUCGACGCCAUUAUCUGUGAGUCUGAUUGACCACCUAGACGGGGCGUGUCACUUCCCGUCGUCCUGGUACCACUCGUCAGGCUGUAGAUCUGUGGGGUCUGUGGAUCUGUUGGAUCUGUUAUGUCAAGUCCCAUGGUCAUUGUCACACUGCUUGACAUUGGAGUUGGCAGCUGGCAAAACCGUCCUGACAGAUCUGGGAGGACCUCACCCCAAAAGCCAUGACCUGCUGUUGAUCUACCUUAAUGUAUAAAUAAGUACAAAUAUCCUAUCCCCUCGCUCUACGCAAUCUUUACUUCUGCAUUCCAUAUAUCUGAAGACACAUAACUUAUUUUUUGAUGUAUUGUACAGUAAGGUGUCCAGUAUGUUCUUCCCAUUGGUGUGUAUAUAUACAUAAAUAUAUACAGCGCUGUAGCUGGGAGCAAUUCAGUGGUGUAAUGUAUAAUAUUAUUCAAAAGUGAGAAUGUAUUCAAGAAUGUAUCAAGAAAGAUUAGAAUGGAAUUGGUUCAUUAUAAUAUUUAGCUUUUUUCAUUAUCCAGUUCCUAAUAAUCAAAAUUAUUUUGAAAUGUAACCUUAGUCAUGUACUCAAAUGUCAUUAUUUUUCUACUGUAAAGAAAUGUGAUCGGAUAAUGUUUAAGGGAAUAAAUAAAAUGUGCAUGUGUGUCUUAUGUAUAUGUAAGGUGCUUUGUUUUGUUAGAGAUUUUAAAAAUAAACAUCAUAAAGAGCAAA